AUCGCGAGAGGAUGUAAAGGAAGCUGUUACCGCGUGUGUUCCAUAGUACGUUUGUGUAACAUGUCAAGAAGAACCUUAAAUGCCCUUUAAUGCAAUGACAGAACUGCAUCCAUGGCGGGACAACUGAAGAAACAGUUAAAAGAAGCCGUGAAGAUCAUCGGUUCAGGCAGCCUUCUGUUUGCCUCCUACCUCACUGCGAUAGGAGAUGAGCGUUUCUAUGCCAAUCAGUUGAUGCCCCUACUGCAGAGGGUUGUGGGGGCAGAGACAGCGCAUGUGCUGGCAGUGAAGAUGAUCGGUCUGGGUCUGGUUCCUCUUAACCGCUACCAGGACCCUGCAUCAUUGGAAGUGAACGUCUUGGGAUUAAAGUUCAGAAACCCGAUUGGAAUUGCAGCAGGCUUCGACAAGCACGGAGAGGCCGUGGAUGGGUUGUACAAAGUGGGUUUUGGCUUUGUUGAAGUGGGCACAAUCACCCCCAAACCUCAGGAGGGAAACCCCAAACCUCGAGUGUUUCGACUCUCUGCAGAUCAUGCAGUUAUUAACAGAUAUGGGUUCAACAGCUGUGGUCUGGCAGAAGCACAACAGAGGCUGAAGGCCAGGGGCGACACGCAGCAACAGCUAAGUAAAGCUGGCCUUCCCCUGGGCAUCAACCUGGGGAAGAACAAGCUGUCCCAGGACGCAGGAGCAGAUUACCUAGAGGGGGUGAGAGAGCUGGGCCCGCUGGCUGACUACCUGGUAGUGAACGUCAGCAGUCCUAAUACACCAGGUCUCCGGGAUCUACAGGGGAAGGCUGAGCUCCGCCAGCUGCUAGAUACGGUGCUGAAGGAGCGCGACGUCCUGCAGGGAGACCGCAAACUUCCGGUCCUGGUGAAGAUCGCCCCUGACCUCACUACACAGGACAAACAAGACAUCGCCGAUGUCGUCACUGAGCUGGGAGUGGAUGGUUUAAUGGUGUCUAAUACGACGGUGUCCAGACCAGAGACGCUUCAGGAUCCACAUAAGUCUGAAGUCGGUGGGCUGAGUGGCCAGCCGCUCAAAGACCUCUCUACUCGCACUGUGAGGGAGAUGUACAACCUCACCAAAGGUAAAGUACUUAUUAUUGGGAUAGGUGGUGUUGCCAGUGGGCAGGAUGCCCUGGAUAAGAUCCGUGCCGGUGCAUCACUUGUUCAGCUUUACACAGCUCUGGCCUACCAGGGUCCGCCUGUAGUGACGAAGAUAAAGCGAGAACUGGAACAUCUUCUGAAAGAGCAAGGUUUCAGCAGUGUAUCAGAGGCGGUUGGAGCAGAUCACAGGGGAGCGGACCAGUCAACUCAUAAGCAGAACAUGCUGAAAGAGAUGGUAAAUGUUAACACAGACACGCAGCACCCACCUGUAGCUGCCAUCUCCUCCUGUCAGCCAACAUGAUCCUCACCUUUUCCUGAACUGCGAUGAAUGUUGAGUAUUUGCGUCCUUCCUGGUUUCCAGGAUGAGAUAUGGUCCGAACUGAUAGCUGCUGAAAUUAUGUCUUUAGAUUUUUGUGAAGAGCACAUCUCCACUCCUCACUUUUACUUGAAAAUCAUGGUAAAGUCAAUAAUGAUAAAUGUUUGAUGUUGUAUUAAGAAGCUGAGGUAUGUUUGUAACUAUUUCAGACAGUCAUCCUUUGUUACAGUGUAACAGCGAUAUGUGUUUCUCAAGUGCUUACUGACACCAAAGUGCUUGAACUUCAAACAAACCUUGCUCAUACAUUUUUUACAGAGCUAUACAAACUGUUUUGUGUCUGUCUUGUGUAUAAAGAAAUUAAUCUGACAUGAUGUUAUAUGGAUGAAAUAGCAAAACUUGUUUGUGAUCCUCAGUUUUAGGAAAUGUCUGAUACACAAAUUGAAGCAUGUGUUCAAGUGUU